GAACACACGCGUGUGGGUGCAGACACCUCUCAGGACAUCCAGCUCUUUGGGAUUGGUAUCCAGUCAGAACACUGUGUGUUGGAGAUCAGCCCAGACGGGGGGGAGGUCACCCUCACCCCUAUAGAGAAUGCCAGAACCUGUGUGAAUGGAACCAUGACUGAGUCCUUGGUCCACCUGUGGCAUGGAGACCGCAUAUUGUGGGGCAACAACCACUUCUUCAGGAUAAACCUGCCUGGGAGGAAGCGGCGUGAGCGUCUGAAGGAGCUGGAGAGGGAACGGGCGUCCCCCAGGGAGAGCUAUGUAGAGGUAGACGUAGAGACAGACAGCGAGGCCUCCUCAGAACAGGACUACAGCUAUGAGUUCGCCCAGACGGAGGUCAUGAUGAAGACCCUGGGAAACAACGAUCCCAUGCAGAAUGUGGUCCAGGUUUUAGAGAAGCAGUACCUGGAGGAGAAACGCACAGCGCUGGAGGAACAGAGGAUGAUGUAUGAGAGAGAGCUGGAGUCACUACGGCAACAGCUGUCUCCUGAGAGGACCAAUCAGCAUCAGCGAUCCAGCAGUGACCGCCUCACCUUCCCCACACACACACCAUCACACCACAGCAAGAUACGCCCCUGGACUGAGGAGAGGGACGAGCUGUUUCGUCAGAGUCUGUCCAGGCUGAGGGAGCAGGUUGUCAAGGCCAACACCCUGGUGAGAGAGGCCAACUUCCUGGCAAAGGAGAUGAACAAACUGACUGACUACCAGGUCACCCUCCAGAUCCCUGCAGCUAACCUCAGUGCCAACCGCAAGCGUGGAGCCAUAGUGAGUGAACCAGCCAUCCUGGUGAGGUGGAAAGGGAAGGGGACACAGGUCUGGACCAUCGACAAGCUGGACAACAAACUAGUGGACAUGAGAGACCACUACAGAGACUGGAAGGAGGGAGCUGAGGACACGAAUACCAAGCUGAACAACCACAAGCAGCACAGUGAGUCCUUCUAUGAAGCUCAGGAGAACCACAACCUGAUAGGAGUGGCCAACGUCUUUCUGGAGUGUCUGUUCCACGAUAUCAGACUACAGUACGCUGUUCCUAUCAUCAGCCAGCAGGGGGAGGUAGCCGGCAGGCUCCACGUAGAGCUGAUGCGUGUCAGCGGGGCGGUGCCGGAUCGGCUGGAGGGGGGAGAUGACUGGUCAGAGAACUCCAGUGAGAGCAGCAUCUACGAUGUGAUGGACACUCAGGGAGAGAUGGUCCACAUGGCCAGGAAACUCACCUGCAGGGUGCGUAUCAGGGAGGCCACGGGGCUGCCUCUCAACCUGUCCAACUUCGUCUUCUGCCAGUACACCUUCUGGGAGGGGGCGGAGCCUACGGUGGCCCCGCCCAUGGUCAGCCCAGACACGCCAACCACGCCCCGCACCCCCGACGCCCAGUUCACCGUCCGCUUCGACCACUGCAAGGAGUGUGUGGUCCAUGUGACAGAGGAGUUUUUAGAGUUCAUCGCAGACGGGGCGCUGGCCAUCGAGGUGUGGGGUCACCGCUGUGCCGGGAACGGACGCUCUCUCUGGGAGCUGGACGCACUGCUGGCCAAGACACGCACCCUACGAGACAGGUGGAGUGAGGUGUCUCGUCGUAUUGAGCUGUGGGUUUCUAUCCAGGAGCUGAAUGAGCAGGGGGACUACUCUGAUGUAGAGAUGCAUCCUGGGAAGGACAUCGGUACUGGAGGAGUGUUCCAGCUCAGACAGGGUCACUCGCGCAGGCUGCAGGUGUGUGUUAAGCAGGUUAUAUGGAUGGUGUGUGUGUUCUCAGGGUCACUCGCGCAGGCUGCAGGUGUGUGUUAAGCAGGUUAUAUGGAUGGUGUGUGUGUUCUCAGGGUCACUCGCGCAGGCUGCAGGUGUGUGUUAAGCAGGUUAUAUGGAUGGUGUGUGUGUUCUCAGGGUCACUCGCGCAGGCUGCAGGUGUGUGUUAAGCAGGUUAUAUGGAUGGUGUGUGUGUUCUCAGGGUCACUCGCGCAGGCUGCAGGUGUGUGUUAAGCAGGUUAUAUGGAUGGUGUGUGUGUUCUCAGGGUCACUCGCGCAGGCUGCAGGUGUGUGUUAAGCAGGUUAUAUGGAUGGUGUGUGUGUUCUCAGGGUCACUCGCGCAGGCUGCAGGUGUGUGU